AUGCUUACAGACCACUCAAGAUGCACCAUGAGUAUCAAUAGCUUGGCUGCAUUUCAAAGCUCCAAGAAAGCAAUAGCUUGUUGUACACUGUAUCAUGAUAGAGGAACAGAGCCAUGGCAAAGAAAGACAAGUACAGAUGCUUGGCUUUUGACAGGUGUCAGUGAGGCAAUUGAAGGACCCGAUGGAACGGACAAGUGUUACCUAGGUCAUCGAAGAACUUGGCUGGCAAAUAAUGAGUGGGCCAAAAUUAGAUCUAUGGACACACACAAAUUGAAUCAACCAGGGGAUUGGCCCAUGAAUGUUAAAGAGAAACCAGGCCCAUGUGAAGUUAAAUCUAUGACAAAAAAAAAUACUUCAUUAAAGAGGAGCAAGGAAAAUAUUCACACUAGCAUUGACAUUAUUGGACAUGUCGACUCCAGCAAGUCUACAACCACCUACAAGCUGGGAGGUAUCAAGAAGGAAGCCUUCAACUUAAUCGAUAAGGAUGGCUACAGUUGCAUCACAACAAAGGAACUUGGAACAAUUAUGAAAUUGCUUGGGCAAAAUAGAACUGAAGUUGAACUUCAGGAUAUAAUCAACGAAUUAGAAGUAGAAGGUAAUGGAACCAUCGAUUUCCCAGAAUUUCUAAACCUGUUAAUAAGGAAGAUGAACACUCAAAGGGGUGCAAUAUUCACAGAGAUAAAGAAUGAUGUUAACAAGAUAGCUAAAUGGACCACUCCAACAAUUAUGACUAGUGCUAACAUGAUGAGAUUGGGUUAUACAACCAGGGUUCAUCCUUGUGAUCAUUUUGAUUUGCUGAUAUUAGCAAUUGUUGGAAACAAGCAGAAGGGAAUUGAUGGUCAGAUUGGAACAAAAUUUGAUGAUCAGCUUACCCCGCAUGAAAAUUUUCUCCUGUUACCAUUGAAUCUUAAAAUAGCAAAACUCAAAGAAAAGCUCACAACCAGCCGGGAAAUACAAGCAUCACUGGUGGAGAUAGAAGAUAGAAAAGCUCCAUUUAAUGGGUUACCAGAAUGGAUUGGUGCCUUUGAGGUAAGUUUUGUUUUGAAUAAACUCAUUGGUGUAAGCUACAAGUUUGAAGAUACCAGAUCAGGGGAUGAAUUAACAGAAAAAUAUAGAGAAUUCGUGUUGCAUUUUGAGAUCCCGGGAACACCAUUCAAGAUUUAUGGCAAGGCAAAGGGCAAGAGAAAGAGGUCACCAAGGAGCGUUUGGAUGCUAUACACAAUUUCUAUCCACCUUGAGGACAAGGUGGUUCUUUUGGGGUGGGGUGUUGUUAUGCAUCAACUUUUGCAAUAUAUGAUAGAUAAGGGCAAUAUGGGAAAUUCAAAAAAUAAAAGGACAUUAGGGACAGUUUAG